ACUCACUACCACCAUGAUUCCGCAUAUAGAAUAGAGGUUACGGGGAGAAGUAAGAUACCGAGAAAAAAAGGUCGCUUUGGGGCUUUCGGGGUCGAGACGAACGUUAAUAGAAUCGGUCACGGACAGACGCGGAUACUGUCUCUCAUUGAGUCUUUCCUAGAUAGACGUGGGUGGAAUUUCUUAGAGAAAGCGAAUCUUGGCUAGUCAAUAAGGAAGAUGUAUAAGGAACAAUGCAAAAUCUCGAGAAACCCGAGAAGAUGAAAGGAAACCGGGGAUCAGAGAGAGGUGGGACGGGUGCGCACGAGAGGGACGCACAUGGGAAUGGUUAUUCGGCAUAACGCGGUGGGGAUAAAAUCAGACCGAAAUAUCAUUCCGGAGCGGAAAACGAUGACACCGUCGCCACCGGGAUGCCAUUCCCAUUCGAGUCCGCGCAAACGAGCUCUCCACCUCGCUGAGAAAUUAGGCGGGCAAAAUAUGACGGAAAGCACUGCUAAGUACGUAGUGAUACCUCUCCACCAUCGGCCUGAUUUGAUCAGAGAUUGUUGUAAGUUACUUAAUUCUGAAUGGCCUCGAAGCGAAACUGCACGUAUGAAAUCUCUGAAUGUAUCUUGCGACGAUUUUCCUACAUGCUUGAUUCUGAUUAAUGAUAAGGACAAGGUUCUUGGACAUUGCAAAAUAUCUCUGAUUGCUAGAUCAAAAAUUAGCUGCUUCAUAGAAUCUGUUGUAAUCGACUAUAGGUGUAGAUCUCAAGGAUUGGGAUCUAGAUUAUUGCGUGGCAUGGAAGAAUACGUUGCGAAAAGAGGCCUGAAGAAUAUAUAUCUAAAAACGGACGGUCAAGAAGUAUUUUAUUAUAAAAACGGAUACAAGGUGUGCGAUCCGUUUAAAGCGUAUGGCAUUAACGACAUCAUAACUGCUAGUCCUCCUUUCGGCAGGACAAAAUUUAAAGAACGAAACGCCCAGUCCGCCGGAGAACCACCACCGCCGCCACCACCCCCGAUGCCGACGUUCCAAUUAUCGAAAUUUUUCGACACGCGAAUGUUAUCCCAAAAAACGCAUAUGGUAAAAAAAUUAUGAUUAAUAGCGUUAUAUCAAAAUACCUCUGAGGGUUCCCUUGUUCUUACUGAAUCUUCGCAUUCGAUUAAAAGUGAAGUGGAACGGUUUCGAUGAUUAAAAUGAAAUCGAUGACAAAAAAGGAUAAAGAACAGGGUAAAUUAUAGGACAGAAUAGAUAAUUUAACAUAUCGUAUUGUAAUAGAAAAUUUGAGCAAUAUUUUACUUAAAUCGUAUUAAUUAGUGCACAUUGAUUAGGCAAAUCAUUUCGGAUAAUCAUGAAAGGUAAAGUGCAUUAGACUUUUCAAUUUAACCGAACGAUAUAAACCAAAUACCGUUCUUAUAAUUCAUUUCUUCAGUUACUUUUAUAACUUUAAUUUAUAAUUAGUAAAUAGAUAGAUUUCUCAAUUUUUUAGUACAAGUUAUUUUGCAAGUCAGACUGCGCUUCUAUAUUUAUUUUAAGUAUUAUGCUUUCCUUAUUGUCUUGUUCGACAAAAUAAUGCAAAAGUACGCUUGUCUUAAUCCAUGCAAUUCAUAUCAGUUAUAUAGAUGUUAAACUUGUCAAAUGCGAUAACACCAUUUACACAAAAAUGUAUAUAAUUCAUAUAUA